AUGGAGCGGGUCAACGAGACUGUGGUGAGAGAGUUCGUCUUCCUCGGCUUCUCAUCCCUGGCCAGGCUGCAGCAGUUGCUCUUUGUUAUCUUCCUGCUUCUCUACAUGUUCACUCUGGGCACCAAUGCGAUCAUCCUUUCCACCAUUGUGCUGUACAGAGCCCUUCACACCCCCAUGUUCUUCUUCCUCGCCAUCCUCUCCUGCUCUGAGACUUGCUACACCUUCGUCAUUGUACCAAAGAUGCUGGUUGACCUGCUGGCCCAGAAGAAGACCAUUUCUUUUGUGGGCUGUGCCAUCCAAAUGUUUUCCUUCCUCUUCCUUGGCUGUUCUCACUCCUUCCUGCUGGCAGUCAUGGGUUAUGAUCGUUAUGUGGCCAUUUGUAACCCACUGCGCUACUCAGUGCUCAUGGGACAUGGGGUGUGUAUGGGACUAGUGGCGGCUGCCUGUGCCUGUGGCUUCACUGUUGCACAGAUCAUCACAUCCUUGGUAUUUCACCUGCCCUUUCAUUCCUCCAAUCAACUACAUCACUUCUUCUGUGACAUCUCUCCUGUCCUUAAACUGGCAUCUUACCAUAACCACUUUAGUCAGAUUGUCAUCUUCAUGCUUUGUACACUGGUCCUGGCUAUCCCCUUAUUGUUGAUCUUGGUAUCCUACAUUUACAUCAUCUCUGCCAUACUUCAGUUUCCUUCCACACUGGGUAGGUGCAAAGCUUUUUCCACCUGUGCAUCUCACCUCAUUAUUGUCACUGUCCACUAUGGCUGUGCCUCCUUUAUCUACUUAAGGCCUCAGUCCAACUACUUUUCAAGCCAGGAUGCUCUAAUAUCAGUAUCCUACACUAUUGUAACCCCAUUGUUCAACCCAAUAAUUUAUAGCUUGAGAAAUAAAGAGUUCAGAUCAGCCCUUUGUAGAAUUGUGAGAAGAACAAGUUCCCUGUCGUAA